AGUAAUACUGCUCCGCGGGUCCAUUAUCCCAUGCCCCAAGCCGAUGUCCUUAUAAGUACCCUUUGAGUGUAAUGUAGUUUAUUAAGUGAGAUUACUUCUUGAUAGCAUGUAAGGUAUAGUAAGAGAGCGUACACCAAACCCUCAACGAACGAAGCGUUGAUGGUGGCAUAGGUUGCGCGAACCAAUGAUCCUCAAGGAUCCAGAUCGAGUGAUGAGGUUCACGGGCUGAUAAUAUGUGCAACCCAUGGACGACGCGAGGUUCUACUGAAUGCCUUAUCAUGGCCAAUAUUAGGCAGGGAAACGAACUAAACACUAAAGAAGCACUUCUAACCUCUCCAGUUCGUCAGGCGGUCGAGCGUCGACGAGUCGUUAUACGGAUGUGGUGACCCCCGAUCUCAUUGGAAGCCUGACAUACCUCGCAUCAUGUGUGAUCGCGUCUGGGCAAGGGGUACACCGAUGUCAUCGUGGUCUUGCCUAUCAAUAAAGACGCUCUGCCUAAGCCGUGACUAUGAAUGAAGAUUCGCUGUGCAAGUAUCACCUCCAUCCAGAUAGCAUUGAUCGAUUACACCAAUGUUAAAGGUACUGGACUUGUCAUUUUCCGCGGAGCACACAGGAAAGGGUGCUGGGAGUCGAUGUCCGUCGGGGUUCGACAUGGUAAAGUUGAGUUGACGAGGACCUCGAUACAGGAGCACCUUCUGGAUGCAAGUGAUGAUGCCGAUUUCACACAACGCUGGAUCGAAGCUAACCUGACCAUUCCCUAGCCGAUUAACUGAACGGCAGAUGUACUUGAUGCGGACUGGCCUGAGUAAGGAGCACGAUCUUGCAGAGCGAGAACUGGC